AUGCUGGUCAAAUCCUUAAAGGCUGAGGACUAUAUCAACCAUUUGAAGGAAGUUUUCGAUAUACUAAGACGGUAUGUAAUGAAACCAAACCCAGAGAAAUACGCAUUUGGCGUAGCCUCUAGGAAGUUCUUGGGCUUCUUAGUGUCACAACGGGGGAUCGAGGUUAACCCCGACCAAGUUGACUGGGUGAAUCACCGCCUUAUCGAGAUUCAGCUCACGGCGUAUCUUUCAUCACCGCCUCUGCUCUCACAGCCCGAACCCGAGGAACAUCUCCUCGUCUACCUAGCCAUCUCCGAAGUAGCAGUAAGUGCAGUCCUGAUUCGAGAAACAAAAGGUAAGCAGUCUCACAUUUAUUAUAUCAGCAAAACACUCGUCGACACCGAGACGAGGUACCCGCACCUCGAGAAACUGGCCCUGGCACUAAUCGUAGCUUCACGAAAGCUUAGACCCUAUUUCCAAUGUCACCCUAUCUCGGUUGUUACCAUCUUUACCCUAAGAGAAAUUUUACAUAAACCCGAGCUGUCGGGAAGUUUGGCCAAGUGGGCCAACGAACUAAGCGAGCACGGUAUCAUGUAUCAACCACGGACGACGAUAAAGUCGCAAGUGCUCGCCGACUUCGUCACAAAAUGCAGUGCAAAAAUAAUUCCUGAAGUCGAGAAGGAAGUCUUCCAAGCUUCUCUCCAAACACAAGAACCCUGGGUCCUAUACACCCACGGCGUAUCCAACGCCUCCAGAUCCAGACUGGGACUCGUACUAGAGAUCUCUACCGGUAAAAAUGCUGAAGCAGACGACCUCACCAAAUUGGUUGCGGCUACCAAAAGUAUCACGACCGGGGAUAAAAGUGUAGUCCACCUCCUCUAUUCAUCGCUAGACCAAGUCGAGGUAAGAUCUGUAAGCUUAACCUGGGAUUGGCAUAAUCGUAUUAUCGCCUAUUUCCAUCAUGGCGCACUCUUAAACGACAAAAAAGAAGCCAAGAAACUAAGAAUGCAAGCAGCCAGAUACAAUCUCCUCCAUAGUGACCUGUACAGGAGGACAUAUGGUAGCCCUCUGGUGAAAUGUUUGGGCCCAAACCAAACCCAGCGUGUCCUCGAAAAAGUCUAUGAAGGCCAUUGCGGUGCUCACUCCGGCAAUCGAGCACUCGUCAGGUGCCUCAUACGGGCAGGAUACUAUUGGCCCACCAUGAAAAAGAAAUGCGAACAAUGUCAGAAAUACGCCCCGGUAAUUCACCAAUUAGGAGAACACCUCCAAUCAGUCACCUCUCCAUGGCCGUUCAUCAAGUAG